AUGAAUUGUUUGUUGUUUCGUCUCCAUAUUUGUUGCGUUGCGAGAAAAUGCCUGGAGUCGAUGUUCUCUCCCCUUUCUUACUCGUAUUACGAUGGAUGGUGAUAAUUCAACAACAGAUGCCUCCCAGUUAGGAAUCGCUGGUGAUUAUAUCGGUGGAAGUCAUUAUGUGCUGCAGUCUCAAGAAGAUGAUGGAGAUGAUGGAAUGAAUGACAAUGAAGAUGGCAUUGGCAGCAAAGAUGGCUUCCGUGAGCAAGAUAUUUAUCUUCCAAUUGCCAACGUUGCAAGGAUAAUGAAGAACGCCAUACCCCCUACUGGGAAGAUUGCUAAAGAUGCUAAGGAGUGUGUGCAGGAGUGUGUGAGCGAGUUCAUCAGCUUCAUUACGUCAGAGGCCAGUGAGCGAUGCCACCAGGAAAAACGCAAAACCAUCAACGGGGAGGAUAUUCUGUUUGCCAUGUCCACCCUCGGCUUUGACAGCUAUGUGGAACCCCUCAAACUGUACCUGCAGAAGUUCAGAGAGGCAAUGAAAGGAGAGAAAGGGAUUGUGACGUCAGUUACAGUUACAGAUGGCCUUGGGGACGAAUUGGCCGAUGAGUCCUUCACUAACCAGUUGCCUGCUGGAUUGAUAACUGCAGAUGGCCAGCAACAAAAUGUAAUGGUAUAUACAACCUCAUAUCAACAGAUAUCCGGCGUGCAGCAGAUCCAGUUUUCAUGACCUAACCCCCUUUCCCUUUGGACCAAGAAUCCUUGCCUGGCUGAGGAAGAACAGCAGUGUUAACAAAGCUGGAGUGCAACAUCAGUGGAAGACAGACAGGCCAGCUGCUGUAACCUUUUCAGUGCAAAAUAAUAAAACAUAAUAAAACAUAUUACGAGUAGUUGUACUCAGGACUGAGUCUGGGCAGAUCUGUCAGAUACAUUUUUAGGAACUCACUUAAAGGUAUUAAAUUGUGGGGGGUUUUCUUGGUUUUUUUUUUUUUUUUUUUGUAUAUUAGUUGUUUGGAGAUUUGUCCAAGUUUAAAAUUGGAAAAAGCAAAGCAUGCAGAAAGGGGUGGUGUUGUCUCCUUUUAUGUAAAAAAAAAAAAAAAAAAAAAAAAAAGGAUUUAUCCCUGUCUGCACAUUAGGGGGCAGAUUCUUUUCAUACUGAAUCAUGUUACUCUUUUUGUAAUAUUGAGUAAGAAUCUCAUGUGCUUUCAUGUUAGUCCUUUUAAUAAAAUUCAAAGGUGAAAUUGCUUUUUGAAA